AUGUUCCGACUGGCACGAAUUUAUAACCUCAAAGUCCCACAUGUCUUGGGCCCCUUUCGGCAAAACAGCAAUUUUAAGUCGAAACUCUACGCCAAAACUGCCCUAAUCGACAGUAGCGAUUACACCGAUCAAUUAAUCAAGCAAUGUGCACCGAAAUUAAUUUAUAAUAGUGUAGUGGAGAGGAAAGUCUUAAAAAUCGAAAGACAACAAAAAGCGAAGCGCAGACAAACCGAAGAGUCAGUUGAACCGUUACCUGUCAGUUUAAAAUAUGUGUUGGACGAUAUCGAAGUGAAAUCGGACGAUUUGCCCGAAAAUCGCGACAAUAACAAUACAAAAAUUAUAAAUUUCCCGUACAAUCGCGCAUUUAGUGUUGAAGACGUAACUGUGGAGGAACCCACUGACCGAAAACCUCUCGAUGUUGCAAGCGAAGCGAACGAAGAGGUGCGCCGCCGGCACGAAAUGCAGAAAGAAAUGAGCAACUGGAUGGCAGACUACGACAAUUACGACGACAGCAGUCUUGACCAAGAAACGGACUUGGACGUGUCCGAAUAUAAAAUCAAUUACGGCACCCCCGACCCGUCCAUUGCCAUCAGCAACGUGCCUUGUGGGGGCUGCGGGGCGCUCCUCCACUGCAAAGACACCGCAAUCCCUGGCUACAUCCCGUCCGAAAUCUUCAAAAACAGUUUCCUGGACGGGGGCGCAACUCUCGAAGCGAUCGUGUGCCAAAGGUGCCACUUUUUGAAACACUACAAUUUGGCGCUACAAGUCCAGGUCACGCCAGACGACUAUCCCAAAGUUUUGGCUAGUAUUAGUCGGCGAGGGGGUUUGGUUGUUCUGAUGGUCGAUUUGUUGGACUUCCCGUGCUCGAUCUGGCCAGGAAUCGGGGAGAUUUUCGGGUACAAAACCCCACUGGUCGUUGUGGGAAAUAAAGUCGACUUGUUGCCACAAGACAGUAGGAAUUUUUUGAAGCGGAUCAAGCAAACCCUGCUCGAUUAUGUGAAAUUGCAAGGGUUUGGCUCGUUUGAUAUUAAAGAGGUUGCGCUGAUUUCGGCCAAAACCGGGUUUGGGGUUGAGGAUUUGAUAACCCGGCUGAGUAGUUUGAAUCGGGUGAAGGGCGAUGUUUACAUUGUUGGGUGCACGAAUGUGGGCAAAUCCAGCCUGUUCAAUGCUUUAAUCCAGUCGGAUUAUUGCAAAACGCAGGCGAUUGAUUUAAUUCAGAGAGCCACAACGAGUGUAUGGCCGGGAACAACCCUCAAUUUAUUAAAAUUCCCGAUUAAACGUCCCGCCGGUUACCGGCAGUUUUUGCGGGAAAAACGCCUCAAUUUGCUGCAUAAAAUCCAAGUAGAGGAGAGCAAACUACGAAAGGAGCAGUUAAGACGGACGAGAGACGCGAAAUACGCCUCUCUGAUCGGACACAUCGGCGUGACCAAAAAUCCGAGUUCGGAGGACAGGGAACCGAGUGAUUUGUUCGCCCAAGGAGAAGCCACUAGUGGUACUCUGACGAUGGGAGUCGACGACAGUCUCACACACUUUGCGUACAGCAAAUGGUGUUUUGAUACGCCAGGUGUGGUCCAGCCUGACCAAAUCAUCCACUUGCUAACAACCGAGGAGCUGCUUCUCACCCUCCCUAAAGAAUUGCUCGUACCUAGAACCCUGUGCCUUAAACCCAACUCAAGCCUCUUUAUCGCCGGUUUGGCGAGGCUCGAUUACGUCGAUGGCCCCACUUCCAUUCGGUUCACCGUUUUUGCAUCCCAAGAACUGCCUCUGACGGUGUGUGCAAUUGAAGACGCUGAAGAAAUCUACCAAAAAUUGCUGGGGACUGAUUUGUUUCGAGUGCCAAGUGGCGACAGUAAGCGACUCUCACGGUGGCCAAGUUUGGAAUUAGCCAAGGAGUUUACGGUAAAGGGGCGGUCGUGGUACGAAUCCUCAAAUGAUGUUGUCUUAUCUAAUGCAGGUUGGGUGGCUGUGACGGGAAAAACGGAACUUGAAUACAAAUUACAAGCCUGGACGCCGGAAAAAAGGGGAGUUUAUAUCAGGGACUGUUUGUUACCACAUGCCGUUGGAUUGUCCGGGAAAAGAAUUAAACAUAGUGUAGCAUAUAACAAAUUUAGGUUUUAUCUGAAAGAUUGAUUUUGUGCGGUUGUUGACUGUGCGUUUUCAUAACAAUAAAUGACUCGAAUAUAA